AUUUUAUUUUGAAAGUCACAAACGGAAGUAUUCUCUAAAUCCAGCUGUGUUGACACUGGAGACGUCGCAACCUGCAGCAGCAUCUGGCUGCUACUUUUCUCUAAAACUCAGACAAUCUACGGUUCAGAUAUCGAUAAAACCUGUCACGAUGCAGUCCGACACGCUGCUGCACGCCGCUAACUUCAGCACACUGUUCGUGUGCUUCGUGCUCAAGUUUCCGCAGAUUUUUGUACUGAUGCGAGCGAAGUCGACGACCGGAGUCAGCCUCAACAGUCUGCUGCUCGAGUUGGUCGGGUUCAUUGUGUUUGUCACAUACCAGAUGUACUAUGACUACCCACCUCCAACAUACUUGGAAUAUCCAAUUCUCAUUGCUCAAGAUGUCAUUCUUCUGCUCCUGAUUCUUCAUUACAGUGGCAGCCUGCGGCAGAGCCUCAUAUACGCCUUGGUGUUUGUUGGAGGUUGGAGGCUCCUGACUGUGGAGAAGUGGAUCAUAGAUUUGGCUAUGAGCCUGUGCACGUUCAUUAGUGCAGCCAGCAAAUUUGCACAAUUGCAAUGCCUGUGGAAGUCUAAGGACGCUGGACAGGUCAGCGCCCUCUCCUGGGGUAUGGCUACCUACACCUGUAUGGCACGGAUUUACACCACCACGGUGACAACUGGAGACAUGCAGGUUCUUGUGCGAUUUAUCGUCAUGACUUCGCUCAACAUGUGGGUGCUGCUCACGGUGCUCUACUACCAGAGAAAGAGCAGCGGAUCCAAGAAAGAAGACUAAAAAUGUUCAAGAUGGAUCCUGAGGCUGACUCGCUGCACUGAGAACAUGCAGUUUAUUCCCGCGUCUGUUCAUCAGAGUGAUUACUGGUUUACUCUGGACACAACUAGGACUCAAACAAAAAAACUGAAACUAAACUGACUAACAGUUAUGUAAGCAGCCUUUGUAAUACUGGCCCACAAAAUGUGCUUUUUAUAGUGUUUUUACCUCAGUAUGAAUCACACACUUUUUGUAUAACAUUCCAGUGACUAAAAAUCUGCUACACUUUGUAUUAAGAGCAAAGACCAAUGCUGUAUGUGGGGGAGAGGGGGAAAAAAAGAAAGUGUUAUUAGGGUAGUCAAAGCAUAUCUGAGAUCUUUCCACUCAGGUUAAGAAAUACUGUAUUUUGAAAAGCUUUUAUAAGUCUAAAGUUCAUUUCUGAAUUAUUUUAAUAAAGCAAACAUUCAAGCUUCUUACAUUUCA